AUGCUUCGCAUCGUGUCUCGCUUCAACCAGCCCGCUCGCCGUGUCAUGCAGACCUCUGGCAAGUCUCUCGCUGGUGCGCACAACCUGCAGUGCCGCUGUGGCAACUGUGUGCAACACCCCACUGGUUGCACGUGCCCGCGCUGCCAAUCGCGCUCGUUCUCAGUCAAGUCGCAGUCGCACUACGACAUUCCAAAGACGCAAACCGCUGUCGUGUUCGAGGAUAACAACGCCCCACUGCAGGUUCGUAAGGACUGGCCUGUGACGCAACAAAAGGACCUGAAGCCCGGUGAGGUACUCGUCCGUCUCGCCUACAGCGGUGUAUGCCACACGGACCUGCACGUGUGGCUCGGCGACUGGCCGCUUGACAACAAACUGCCUCUGGUCGGUGGCCACGAAGGUUCUGGCUACGUGGCUGCUAUUGGCGACCACAGCUACACAAACCUGAAGAUCGGUGACCCGGUUGGUGUCAAAUGGCUGGCUAACUCUUGCCUCGGCUGCGAAGAUUGCCGUAAGGGCCACGAAUCCACGUGCAUUGACGCCGACCUGCACGGCUUCACCGUUGACGGUUCGUUCCAGCAAUGGUGCGUGUCUUUUGCCGACCACGUGACUCCAAUCCCGACGGAUCUACCGAUGCAUGCUGCUGCCCCCAUUCUGUGUGCCGGUGUGACUGUAUACAAGGCUCUGAAGGAGAUCGGAGGACAGUGCGGGGACUUCGUCGUCAUCCCGGGUGCCGGUGGCGGUCUGGGUCACCUUGCCUGCCAGUACGCCCGUGCCAUGGGCUACCGCGUGAUCGCUAUCGACUCUGGUGACGACAAGCGGAAGCUGGUUGCCUCGUACGGCAUCAAGGACUUUAUUGACUUCAAGGAAGGCAACGUGAAGGACAAGGUGUUCGAGGCCACGGAGGGCCGUGGAGCCCACGCCACAGUCGUGGUGGCUUCUGGUGGGGAGGCGUACAAGGACGCGCUUUCGUUCCUACGCCCGCACGGCGCUGUUGUGCUUGUGGGUCUGCCUAAGGACACGUACAUCACGGCAGAGGUCUUCGGCUCUGUGCUGAACGCGCAUCGUAUCAUUGGCUCGUAUGUUGGCAACCGUCAGGAUUCGAUUGAGGCCUUGAAGGUGGCGGCUGCGGGCGAUGUGAACACGACGUACAAGAUCGAGAAGCUUGAAAACUUGCCGGAUGUGUUCCAGCGCAUGGCGGAUGGCAAACUUGCUGGCCGUAUUGUGCUUGACUGCGAGUAA